UUUCUCUUUUCCUUUCAAUAUUCUCUUUCCCAAGUCGUUCACUUUACUUUUAUACAACAUGAAGCUGUUAUCUUCUUCCCCUUCCAUUUCUUCUUCUUCAACUGCUUCUUUUGAUCCAAAACUGUGCACUCCAAAAAGUGCAACCACUGGUUGCCUUUCAGGGAUCUUACGUAGGAUUCUUUGCUCCAGGACUCUCCCCACGCAACCUUCUGAUCACACUACUGAGGAGGCUAAUUCAGUAGCUACUUUCAACAAACAACAACAGUUGGAUGAUGCCUCUUCCAAGGUCACUCCAGGGAUUGUUGCGAGGCUAAUGGGGUUGGAUUGCUUGCCUGAAACAACCUUGCUUAAGUCACAAUUACAUCCGAAUUCGAUUACGAGAAGCAGGUCGAUGAAUUCUGCCGAUUAUAAGCAAGAUAGUGGUUCAAUCCAUGGGAAACAUAGACGACUGAACUCCACAUUGUCUUUCAGAGACAUGCCUACUUACAUUGAGCUGGAAAAUGAAAAGUUUUUUGUUCUCAGCUUUGAGAAGAGAAGUGAGAGGAAAGAGCAGAGAUCAAAGCAAGGCAGUGGAGAAUUGAAGCAAAGGAAAGUAGACAAGGAAAACCGAGGCGAGAAAGUUCCUGAUAAAAAGAUAAAAGAAGACGAUGAACAAGCUAACCAAAGGGUUUUGAAUGUGAUGGAUGAGGAAAAGACGAACAGAAGAAUCGUUGAGAAGGCUAAUAAGGAAAUGGCCAUAUGCAGGGAAGCCAACGAUUUGUGCUUGGAGAAGAAAGCAGCAAUGUCUGAUGGAAUGAAACUGAAGAAGAAAAAGAAGAAAAUAAACCAUCCCGGGACUCCAAAUGUAGAGCCUGAAUGCAGCUCAGAAGAUUCAAGCCCGGUUUCUGUUCUUGUUUUUGAUCAAUUCAUCAAUGAUCACGAUGUUUCUACAUCAGAGGAAUAUUCAAAAGCAGCACAAGGAUUAAACCCAAGAAGGAAAUUAUCACCAGACCUGGAAAAUUAUGAAUGCAAGCCUCCUUGUAAUGAUGGUAAUUUGAUGGAAGAUGGUGGAAGGGCAGACAACAUUGAAGUGGGGUCAAUCUCAAAAGAUGGCCACUGUGAGAGAAACUUGGAAGGUUGGGAUGCAAUUUGCAGGGUGAUUGAAGCAGAGGUAGCAGCUAAAUCAAGUUGGUUAUGCUCCAAGUCCAACAAUGAAGAACUAGAAGAUAUUACUGCAGAUUUUGGAUCAAAUAUUUUAGACCAAUUGUUAGAUGAGAUUGUUAUUCAAUUUUCCCUUGUGGAAUCUGAACCUGUAAAAGUACAGUAGUGAUGAUAUCAGCCCUUGUAAGUAAAGUUCUACAUCUGCAAAAUUCUAUGGUCAAAGAUAUACAGCAUGCUUAGUAUCUAUUUUCAAACCUUUCUGUCUAAGUC